AUGUUGUUCUUUUCAGCAUUCCAAAAUAAAAACCAGCAUAUUUCAGAUGUAAAUUCUUCUGUGAAUAGCACAAUUUCUCCACCCUAUGCUCAUCCCAGUUCAAGCCUAUCUGUGAUUGCUGGUAGUACGUCACUCACGUCAGAUUACGGUAGUGAUACUGCAUAUGAGACAUCUGAGAUCGGAACCCCAAGCCUUGGAAGGGAUAACAACUCCGAAGUUGGAAAGGAGGAGGAUCUGUCACUGGAUGAAGAUUUGACAAGCCCAAUAGAGAAACUUGUGAAGUAUGGCCUCUCUAAUAUUGGUGAGGGAUUGUUUACGGGACAGGCUAUUUUAGAGCAGCUUGAAGGCUUUUCUAGGCAUAAAGUGCAUACCAGAGAUAUAGAUACUGUUAUAGAGAAUUAUUCAAAUAAUGGAAAUGCUUCUAAAGCUGCUUAUCUUGCUGGAGGUACUACAGAAAUCUUGUCUGGGCCAGAGCACGGUAAGGUGCUUCAUCAUGCUCGAAAGCAUUCAGCUGAGAGUAUUGGGAGUGACAUGAGUUCUCAAAGAGAAAGUGAAUCAUCAAAUUCGGCAUAUCCCAAUUCUUUUGCGGAUGGUCCCCUUGUCCUUUCUAGAGGUGCAGAGGUUUCGAAAACCACGGAAAUUUCAGGCCACCUGGAGUUACAAUUCCCAAAUGAUUUACAAUUGGUUCUUCCGCUAGAUCAACGCCAGAAAAUGAACAGGUAUCUUCUUUCGAUGCAGCAGAGACUGGUUACAGCAAAAACUGACAUGGAGGAUCUUAUAUCAAGAUUUCAUCAAGAAAUAGCUGUGAAAGACUACCUUUCUACAAAGGUAAAUGAUUUGGAAGUGGAACUUGAAACUACUAAGCAAAAAAGUAAAGAAAAGCUGCAGCAAGCUAUAUUGAUUGAAAGAGAGAGAUUUACCCAAAUGCAAUGGGAUAUGGAGGAACUUCGGCAUCAGUCAUUGGAAAUGGAGUUGAAAAUAAAGUCUGAAAAGGGAGAAAAGCCAGACACAGAAUCAACGAAUGUAUCUGUGGUUCAGGAGAAAGAUUUGUUGCUGCAGGAGUUGCAUGCUAGUAAACAGCAGCUUGAGGACUUGCUGAAGGGACAUCAAGAGCUAGAAGUGAAGUCAAAGGCAGAUAUUAAAGUUCUUGUUAAAGAGGUUAAAUCUCUCAGAAGUUCUAAAGCAGAAUUGAGGCAGCAGCUUGAUGAAUUGCAUAGGGAAAAAUCUGAGGCAGAGGUAGUCUGUCACUAA